AUGCCAAAGCGUAAAUGCAUCUUUAACAAUGAUCUCCAAAAGAAAUAUCCUAUGUUUGAACAGUUAGAUACAAACGAUCAACAUAUUGUCUUUUGCGCUACUUGUAAUUCGUCGUUUUCGGUAGCAUACAAGGGAAAGAGAGAUCUUGAUCAACAUUUACUUACCGAAAAACAUAAAAAAAACAUUAAAUCUGCGAGUUCUUGCAAAAAAGUUAAGGACUUUCUUAUUUCAAGAAAUUCCAAAUUUGACGACCAAGUAUCUGCAGCUGAGGGUGCCUUAGCUUAUCAUACUGUAGUUCACCACUUUGGAUUCCGAUCUGUUGACUGCAGCCACAAAUUCCUAAAGAGUAUUUUGCCGGAUUCGAAAAUCGCUCAACAUAUUUCCAGCGCGCGCACAAAGACAGAAGCAAUUGUCAUCAAUGUCUUAGCACCCUUAUCAUUGAAUUGUGUCCUUGAUGACAUUAAAGACACAAAAUAUUUGUCAAUUUCUACCGAUGCCAGCAACCAUGGAGUUCAAAAAAUAUUUCCUAUAUUAUUGCAAUAUUUUAAGAUUGAUUCAGGCGUUAAUAUUAAAGUUGUUGACAUCCAAGCAAUGAAGGAUGAAACAUCAGACACCAUAUCCAACUAUUUGUUAUCAACUUUAAAGAAAUUAAAUAUAUCAUCAAAGUGCAUUGCAAUGUCUGGAGAUAAUUGUAACACAAAUUUUGGUGGCUGCAAACGCGCUGGCAAGAAUAAUGUGUUUUAUAAGUUAAAAAUGAAUGGUUUAUCGAAUUUGAUUGGCAUCGGUUGUCCGGCUCAUAUUUUGCAUAACAACAUUCAAUUCGGAUUCGAUGGGUUAUCUUUAGAUGUAGAUAGCGUAGUCAUGAAAAUAUAUAAUCAUUUUUCCAUUUAUACAGUUCGAUCGGAAAAACUUAAAAGCUUUUGUGAGUCUGUGCAAAUUGAAUAUAAAAAGCUUCUGAGCCAUUCUAAAACACGUUGGUUAUCGCUUUUCCCUGCCGUUGAAAGAAUUUUGCAAAUGUUCGAGGGAUUGAAAACUUAUUUUCUUUCUAUGGAUAGUCCACCAUUAGUUCUUAAAAAUUUUUUUGAAAACGAUAUCAAUGAAGCAUAUCUGUGGUUUUUUCACUCGCUUAUGUAUUUUUAUAGCGAACAAAUAGGAGCAUUAGAAAGAGAGAAGAAUUCAAUACUAGAAACAUUAGAGAAAAUUCACACAGUCCAAAAAGUUUUAAAGGAAAGAAUAUCUGAGAAAUUUAUUCCAUUAAAAGUUAAAGAAAUUUUUAAAAAAAUUGUCGCUAAUGGUGGAAAUAGAAAUGAAGUUUUGAACAUUGAACAAAAUUUAGUUGAGGUUUAUGCUAGGUGCUUAAAAUAUCUUCAGAGCUGGUGUGAUUCUCUGGAUGAAUUUAAUUGCUUUAUUUGGAUGAAUUUUAACAAAGUUCCGGAAUGGAACGAUAUCCAAAAUUCUUUGCUCUAUUUGGGAGAGAAAGGCGUUAACAUAAAUGAAAAUAAAUUGUUUGACCAAUUUUGCAAUUUAAAAACGUUUUUGGAACAAGAAAUAAAAAAUAUAAAUUUUAUAAACGCACCUAUUCACGAGAAAUGGGUAAAUUAUUUUGAAAAAAUGUGCAAUCUUGAAUUAUAUAGUGAACUUUUGAUGAUAGCCCAGUUUGUAUUCGCGAUUCCUGCUCAUAAUGCUAAUGUUGAGCGCAUAUUUUCAUUAAUAAACAGUCAAUGGACUGAGGAACGCAAUAGAUUAAAAAUAGAAAACGUCAAAGCAAUUCUAUUUUGUAAACAUAAUUUUAAAAAUAUGUCAUGUACUGAGUUUUAUAAUUAUAUUUUGCAAAAUCCCGAAACAUUAAAUAAAAUAAGAUCUAAUGACAAAUACAACCAAAAUUGAAGUUAAAAAUCGUAAGAAAAAAAACAUUAUGAAAUGUUUUUUCUUAACUAUUUUUAUUUUCAUGAAAAUACUGUGCUAAUAAAACCUGAAUAAUAUUCCUAUAU